CCUUUUUCACACACACAAAAAAAAAAAAAAAAAAAAAAAAAAAAAAAAAAAAAAAAAAUCCCUCCUGCGCUGCUGCUGUCACUGCUGCUACCGCCGCUGCUCAGCCCGCUGCCGCCGCUGCCCUCGCCACCUGCUGCCACCACCCAUCCGGAGAGGACUUCGUAGAAGGUGACUUCUAGUCUUAAAGUGGCCAACCAAUUUGUGUACUCAAGAUACGUACAAGAAUACGAAAAACCUUGACUCUUGGAGCAUGUUUAAGGACUUGGAAAAACUUAGAAUCAUGCUAGGGAACUUGUGGAUUGGUUGAAAUCGUUUGGCUUGUUCAUUCGGUACAAUUGAGUGAGAAGCCGAGAAAGGAGGGGAGCAAGAAGAUAAUUAACACCAACAAGGAAAGAAAAGGAAAUGGGAUCAGGACUUCAUGCUGUGAAAGUUUGUAGGCAACUUCUCAAAUCUGUGAAGAAGCACAUUGGACAGGAAGACUACAAAAGGCACUUUAGUGAUUAUAUAAUGGAAGAGUUUAAGAAGAACCAUCAACUGUCUGAUCCAUCAUCUAUACAGAAUAAAUUGAAGUUGGCAAAUGAUUAUACUUUCUUGCUUAAUAGUGUCCAUCAUCACAAGGAGCUCCUAUUCUCCUACAACAUUGCUGUGGACAGAUCAGAUGAGAUGAAAAGGAUACUCGGAAAAUCAGCUGCCAGUGUAGGGCUUCAGCUUCCUGAGGUUUAUCAGUCUUGACACACGCAUAUAUUAUGCACCCUUUCCAUUCAUUUUUCACUGUCUUCAUAAUAAGCAGAGUAGGAAAAAAAAAAAAAAAAAAAAAGCAGAGUAGGACACCUAAUGUACCUAGAACAAGUUGACAAGCUGAAGACUGGCUUAGCUGUUUGACUGUGGCUCUUGUUUGUUUUCUUCCAGUUGAACUGAACCCUUCUUUGCAGGUAGUGGUAAUGUAAUUGUACUAAACAAUGUAUGAAAGAAGCGAUGCUUGAUCAAAGUUAGUCAAAGCAGUUUUAUUGAAA